CACUCUUAUUAUGAUUUUGAAAACGUUCUUCAAGUGUAUAUAGUUUUUGAUGUGUCUGUUGUUAUAUUCAAGAAAACAAGUUCUACUUUGAAGUUCUUAAUCUUUAUCAUGUUAUUUUGUGCAGAAAUAACAGAUUACAAAAUUGUACAUAAUGUUCUUAAAUCGAUUUCAUUCAAAGAUUUUUCAAUUAUACGUCCUAUGGAACAGGGACUGAAAGUUACCUUGGAAGAAAUGAAAUGUAUUGAAACUUCUGCUUAUGUGCCUUGCAAUUUAUUCUCAAUGUAUCAAAUAGAUGAUAAAGAAGAUAUUAUGUUUAAAAUAAACUUGAAAACACUUACUGAAGUACUAAAUAUUUUUGGUGAUGAUGGAAAUCCUAGUUUAAAACUUUCAUAUAAAAGUGUAGGGUCACCAUUAAGUUUAUUAAUAAGUCAUCCAGAAGAAAAUAUAACUGUUGACUGUGAGAUACACACAAUGAAUGUAGAAGAUUUCAAUGAUAUUGGGCUUGCUGAUGAAUGCAAUUUAAAUAAGGUUGUUAUAAAUGCAGAUAUAUUUUUUGAAAUCUUAAAUAGACUAGACAAUUCAGCAGAUGAAAUGAAACUAACUAUUAGUCCUGACCCCCCCUAUGUUACAAUUUGCACCUCUGGUACUGCUGGGGAGUCUGAAGUAAAUAUAUCCAAACAUUCAGAAAGUGUUACAAUGUUUCAAUGUAAAAAAACAGUCACUGCAACAUAUAGUUUUUCUAAUAUAAGACAAAUACUUAAGGUAAUGCAUUAUGCAAAUAAGAUUGCAAUAUCCACAGGAGAAUCUGGUCUACUUGGUUUACAAUUAGUUAUUAAUUCUGAUGAAAAACAAAUGUAUGUUGAGUAUUAUGUUACAUCCCAAUAUAUAAGCUAAAUUAUUUUA